UGGUUAUUUGUUCUUUUCAGUUUCGUUUCGGGCAUAUCCCUAUUGGGUACAUCCACCGAAAUCUAUGUCUAUGGUACACAAUAUGCCUUCAUUCUUAUUACACUGGCAUUGUCGGGUGUCAUAUCAUGGUAUGUCUUCUUGCCAGUAUUUUGUAAUCUUCAAUUGACAUCCACCUAUGAGUACUUCGAUAAACGAUUUAGUCGUCGUAUGCGUCUAUUUGGUGCUGUACUAUUCAAUAUUAAAACUCUUUUAUGGCUACCAAUUGCUGUCUAUGUUCCGGCCUUAACAUUGAGUCAAGUUAGUGGCAUUGAAUUACACACAAUUGUACCGAUUGUUAUUGUCAUCUGUACCUUUUAUACCACCGUGGGUGGCAUACGUGGUGUCGUCUGGACCGAUGUCAUUCAGAGUUUUGUUAUGUUUGGUUCCAUGUUUGUUUUGAUCAUUAAAGGCACCAUCGAUAUUGGCGGACUCGGAGUACUGUGGCAAAGGAAUAUGGAAGGAGGACGAUUAAAUUUCCCAGAAUUAACAUUGGACCCAACCGUUCGCAUGGGUAUACUACCAGUUUUUAUUGGUGGCACAUUCUUUAAGCUGCAGAAUACCUCGAUUAAUCAGCCAACCAUACAACGCUUUAUGUCCCUACCGAAUCUAAAGAAAAUCAAGCAAACUUUGUGGACCUUUUCCAUUGGUCUGACUUUACUGUAUAGCCUUUGUAUUUAUGUGGGCCUGUUGGCCUUUGCCACAUUUCAUGAUUGUGAUCCGAUUUCGACAGGGCUAUGCCAUUCCCGUGAUCAAUUGGUCCCCGUAUUAGUAAUGAAUGUCUUGGGUAAAUUUCCUGGUAUGCCGGGUGUCUUUGUUUCGGGAGUCUUUAGUGCUGCGUUGAGUUCACUGUCAACCUAUUUGAAUUCCUUGGCUGCUGUGGUUUUGGAAGAUUUUAUUAAACCAUUUUCUAAGAAGCCGAUAAGUGAAAGGACAACGGGAUUGAUUAUGCGUACCGUGGUUGUGGUUUGUGGCCUUAGCUCGAUUGGUUUGGUGUAUGUGGUCGAAAAAUUGGGUAUGGUAUUGCAGUUAUCCGCAACACUGCAAUCUAUUGUCUACGGGCCGAUGUUGGGUAUAUUUACCGUGGGUAUGCUGAUGCCAUGGUUAAAUGAGAAGAGUGUCCUGGCUGGCAGCAUUUUCUCCUUCCUAAGCAUGGCCUGGAUAUGUGUUAAUGCCCAAAUUGCCAAUGUCACAGGAUCUUUUCGCCAUCCCAAGUUACCAGUUUCCGUUGAGGGUUGCAGUUAUGAUUUUGAUAUGACCAAAUAUUUGAAUUCCACAGCGGAAUAUUUACCAUCCCAUGGCACUAAUAUUUAUCACAUUUCCUUUUUGUGGUACACCGGCUUGGGCGCCUGUUUAGUUAUGGUGGCCUCAAAUGUCGCCUGUUUGUUCUUUGGCUUGAAUGACGUUUCGAAGUUGGAUCACAGACUUGUAUCGCCAUUUAUUGUUAAAUAUCUGCCAAAGAAAUAUGCCUACGCUGAAGUGAAAUUGGAAAAAGAUUUGCCAUUUAAAAAUAUCAAGUGA